GCAUCAUGAAUGAAUCUGCCUCUAGUGGGAAUGGACAAGAGUUUGAUGUAUUUAGUGCUAUGGACUGGAAAGAUGGGAUAGGUACUUUGCCAGGAAGUGAUCUAAAGUUUAGAGUGAAUGAAUUUGGAGCCCUGGAAGUGAUUACAGAUGAAACAGAGAUGGAAAGUGUUAAGAAGGCAACUGCUACCACAACUUGGAUGGUGCCAACUGCUCAAGAAGCCUUUUCAGAAAAGACAGGGAUCCCCACAAAGUUGAAGGAAACUGCAAAAGUGGAUGGACUUGUUUUCUGUGAAAACUGUUAUCGCUAUGGUACCAUAGAAGAAUUUGUUCCUGAAGGGAAAUUUUGCAGCCAGAAAUGUGCCCAGCAAGUAAAAAACAAUAGAGAACCAAAGGAGGAAAAGCCCAGCGCGGAAUGCAAUGGUGAAGAUGAUUCCAAAGGUGUUCGGAAGAGAAAAACAAAGUUGCCUUUCAAAGAAGAGUCCAAGGAUAAUGGAGAGAAGAAGGAGAAGCCUGAUGAAACUGAGGACAAACCUGAAGGAAGGAUCUUGAGAGUCUCACAACGGGCCAGAAGAAAAAGAAAAGGGGAAAUAACAGUUUUGAAACAAACUGUACCCUCUAAAGGAAAGCAAGCAUGGUGUUGGGCAUCCUAUCUGGAGGAAGAAAAGGCCACUGCAGUACCAACUAAGCUUUUUAAAGAGUAUCAGUCUUUCCCAUACAACAAAAAUGGAUUCAAAGUAGGAAUGAAACUGGAAGGCGUGGAUCCAGAGCACCAAUCGAUAUACUGUGUUCUGACGGUGGCUGAGGUUUGUGGCUACAGAAUACGACUCCAUUUUGAUGGAUACCCAGAUUGUUAUGAUUUCUGGGUGAAUGCUGAUUCUUCAGAUGUUCAUCCUGUUGGAUGGUGUGAGAAAACAGGUCACAAACUUCAUCCACCUAAAGGAUACAAGGAAGAGGAAUUCAACUGGCCUGCAUAUCUAAAGGCGUGCAAGGCUCAAGCUGCUCCCAAAUCUUUGUUUGAAAACCAGAAUGUGACAGUGAUUCCAUCGGGAUUUCGAGUGGGAAUGAAGCUUGAAGCUGUAGACAAAAAGAACCCUACUUUCAUUUGUGUUGCUACGGUAACAGACAUGGUGGACAAUCGUUUUCUGGUUCAUUUUGACAACUGGGAUGAGAGUUAUGACUAUUGGUACCAAGCUUGUAGGACCCUGAAAAUACCUCGGAUGCGUAAGUUUUACGCCUACCAACUGCCAUCUGUAACUACAACUGAAAAGUUCUAUUGGGAUUACACAGAGCGGUUGGCCUUCCGUUUUCCCUGCACCUGUGAGUGUGAGGCAGCUAGCCCACAUAUUCAUCCUGUUGGAUGGUGUAAAGAGCAUAAAAGAACUCUCAUCACCCCACCAGAUUACCCACAUGCUAAACAUUUUUCUUGGGAGAAAUAUUUGGAAGAAACCAGUUCCUUACCUGCACCUGCAAGAGCUUUUAAAGUGAAACCUUCUCAUGGCUUUCAGAAAAGUAUGAAACUUGAAGUGGUUGACAAGAGAAAUCCAGUAUUUAUCAGAGUAGCAACUAUUAUAGAUACCGAUGACCACAGAAUAAAAGUCCAUUUUGAUGGCUGGGAUAGUAUUUAUGAUUAUUGGACUGAUGUAGAUAGUCCCGAUGUCCAUCCUGCAGGCUGGUGUGCAAAAACCGGACACCCUCUUCAGCCCCCACUUAGUCCCUUGGAAGUAGUGGAAGCUUUGGAACAUGGAGGGUGUCCCACAGCAGGAUGUAAAGGAGUUGGGCACAUUAAAAGAGCAAGACAUAUCGGCCAUCAUAGUGUAGUCAGCUGCCCGUAUUCUGAGAUCAACUUGAACAAAGAAAGCCUCUUACCUGAUCGGUUAAGUGGGGAGAUGCCUGCAGCCAGUCCUGGCCCCAGAAACAGAAAAGUGGAAGGUAGUGAAAGAUCCGCCUCUCCUGUAAUCAGUGAUGGAAAAUGCCCUAGUCCUGGUCAUACAGGCAUGAAAUCUCCGGCUCAUAAUCGAUCAUCUGGGAAGUCUGUGUCAGAAAUGAUUAAGCAGGAGGAUACGGAAAGUAAAUCUCCUUGCAGGAAGCCCCUGUUAUGUGAUGUGAAAGAAAAGAAGCCAUCUGGUGGAGUGCAACAAACAAAGGACUCCAUAAAGAACAGAGAGCGUGAAGAAGAGGAGAUGGAAAAUAAGCUGCUCACUUCAAAUGAAAUUAAAGAUGUUGAAGAACCCAGUACCCAAAGGCUUUUCCCUCAACCAGUAGUUGUGUCUUCCAAGUUGCAAAUCCCUGGCCUACCCUUGCGCUGGGAACAGCAGAGCAAGCUCCUUCCAAGUGUUGCUGGGAUCCCAGCCAGUAAAGUUUCUAAGUGGAGUACAGAUGAGGUUUCUGAAUUCAUACGGAGUUUACCAGGAUGUGAAGAACAUGGCAAGGUGUUUAAAGAUGAGCAAAUUGAUGGAGAAGCAUUUCUGCUAAUGACCCAAUCAGACAUAGUCAAAAUAAUGAGCAUUAAACUGGGACCAGCCCUAAAAAUCUUUAAUUCCAUUCUGAUGUUCAAAGCUGCAGAGAAAAACUCACACAAUGAACUUUGAAGAUAAUGGAAAAUGUGUACAAACCAGCUUUCUCCACGGGAGCUCAUGUUUUAUUCAAAGCACAAAGACUCACUAGAACUGUUGAAUAAGGACUCUCAGAAAAGAAGAAAAGUAGGUUCGGCACUGGUGGACUAUUUAUAUUCUCCUAGAGCCAGUACACAUCUGAAUCCUUCUGGGAAGUGCUCAAGCUUUUAAGAAGUUACUGCAUAACAACCGAGUCAGCUAGUCUUAUUUACCAAACUAAUGGCGCUAAUUUUCCAUGGAUGGUUAGGAUCCCUGACUUUCUCUGGACAUCAACAAAACCUUCAUUAAUUAUUUAUGCUGUAUUAUAUGAGGGAAUGUUAAUAUUUUUUAAGAAUUCUUGAAUUCUACUUCAUGUACCCAUUUUACUUUUCAGUAGCUUUUACUUUGUACUAUCAAAAUAAAAAACUGGUUGGCCAAAAAUUAGGCUACAGGUAGCCAGAUGAGACUGUUAUGGCUAAUAUGAAUUUGUGCCAUAGUUUAAAAACGAAACACUUAAUGCUACAUACGUGACACUUUAUGCUACAGCGUAUAACUUUACCGAUUACAAAAAUGUCUGUUUGCUUGUAACAAAA